UGGUGGUUUCGGGGUUACUCAAAGGACAUAUACUUGAAAGAACCCAAAAUCAAAAGAGGAUACUCCCCUCUAAAGAACCUUUUUUUAAAAAGGAAACUGAAAGUUCCCCCUGGGAAAAUCCCUCAUAGCCAAUAGCAAGGAAUGCCGGGACCGAUGUCUAAAAGAUCUGAAAAAUUCCAUGUUAUCUACCAGUGCUUCAAGCUGCAGUCUUAACACCCAGAUAAUUGGAGGUUUCUUCUUUACUCUUUGAUGCCUUCAGACCUCCGCCCUUCUGUACCUGGUCAGGCAUCUCUCUACGAAUGCAGAAGGAGGCUCUUGUUUACCUGGAAGGUGCUGAAAAUAUGAAACCCGCCACCUGACGUUUUUGCCAAGCAUGGCCUAGGCGGCGCCAGCGCGGAUGAGAAUGAUUGGCAGAAUGCUCCAGGUGGAUCGCGCAGGGCGUCAGAGGGCGAUCAGGAGCUCUUGGCCACAGCUGGUGGACUUCCUAAGCCAACAUCCUGAGUGGGUCCUAAGGAAAGCUAAGCAGCUUCUUUCACGGAUGGAACUGAUGCGGGCCGAAGGGGUGACUGAUCCCAAAGAGAAGGCCUUGUUGGUCUUGAAUAUGUUUCUGAAAGCUGCAGAUACCACCUUCGAAACAUUUAUACAAAGUGUGUGCAUGGAAUUCAGCCUUCCUAUGGAGCUGGAAAUAAUGUUCAUGAGUGUAUCAAGAGAAGCUGAAGACCAUGUCGCCCGAGUGGAGGAAAACUGUGAAGCGGUCGCAGCUGAGUUCCCAUCAACGUCAACAACACAUGAAAGACGCCGGCCAUGGAGUGGUCCGUCCAGCACGAGAAACGGCAAAGAAUCGAAGCAACAAUGUCUGGAUUCUGCUGAAAGAUACCGGCAACUCAUCAUCACAUCCAUGCGCCAAAGAUACGGAGUGUAUAGAUCAGGGGGAGACACUCAAGGAAAAGAUCAACCACUGGCUUUUGGUCAAGCGUUUGUCAGCCUUGUGAUUCGCCAGAGCAGAGCCUGGCGAAUAAAGAAGCGGAAGGAUCGAGCCAAAGAGGAACAUGAUGUGGAGGAGGCACACAGCGAUGCUCCGUUGAGGCUGUCUGAUCUUUUUGAAACUGUCCCCACUGGUGCCACCAAGGUGGUUUUUCUGUUGGGCCGACCAGGGGUGGGGAAGACGCGGCUUGUGCAUAAAAUCUGCGAGCAGUGGGCCGAACGAAACCUGACGCAGUUCCAUAUGGUCUUCCCCUUCGAAUUCAGGCAGCUCAACCUGAUUGAAAGAAAAUUGAGUCUCCAGGAACUUCUGUUUGACUUCUUCCUCCGUCCAGACGUUUGCCCCGAUGCAGUGUUUGAGCAUCUCCUGGAGAAUGCCCAGCAGAUAUUGAUGAUCUUUGAUGGCCUGGAUGAGUUUGUAGAGAAUGUCCAUCUCUCCCUUUCUUCUCAUGUUUUGCCCUCUGGUCACCGAAGCCCCCUCUCUGUUGCUGAGCUUUUUGUGGGUCUUUGUCAAGGGAAACUCUUACCCGGUUGCACUGUGUUAGUCACGACCCGCCCAAAGAUCAUCCCUCAAAUGCUGUUGAAAACCAUCACCCAGCAGGCAGAAAUUUGGGGAUUUGACCGUGAAAAAGUCGAGGAGUACGCAGAGUGCUUUUUCUGCCAUCAUUCCCGGAGAGACCAAGCCCUGGCAUGCCUGAAAAGCAACGGGAAGCUGCUGAGCAUGUGUUAUACCCCUGCUUUGUGUAACAUUGUCUGCAUCUGCUUGGAAUAUCUCUUCCUCCAGAACGCAGGAAACGUCCAGCUCCCUCAGACCAUGACCCAGUUUUACAUCCAAAUGCUCCAGACCUUCAUAAGGAAGCAUCAGAAGCAAAGUUCUCCAAGUGAAGAGGCAGAGUGGGACCAAUACCAGCUGGCUCUCCAAGGCCUGGGCAAAUUGGCCUUCAGAGGCCUGGAAGAGAAAAAGAUGCUGUUCUAUGCAGCCGAGGUGCCUGAACAAGUGAAGGGGUUUGCUUCUCUCUGUGGGUUCUUGUUGGCCUUUGGAGUCAAGACCAGAAGUGGCCACACCCAGGCCGGUUACACUUUCGUCCACUUUGGUUUGCAAGAGUUUUUUUCGGCGCUCUUUCUGUUGACUAGCACAAGCGUUGACGCUGCCUCUUUGAAGGAGAAGUUCUUCCUGAGGUCAAAGUGGUUGCUGAAGAAGGAAGCCAAGAUGCCGUUCACCGAGAACUGCCACGUCUUCCUCUCUGGCCUUGCUUCCCAAGAAUGCCGGUCCUUUCUCUGCUCCGUGGCUGGACAGAGUGAGGCCUGGGUGCAGGAACGGCAAGCCGAAGUGAUCCGCUUGCUGAAGAAGCUCGCCACUCCUCGGUUGACCGGGCCCAGGAUAUCUGAACUGUGCCAUUGUGUGCACGAGGCCCAAGACCGUGGAUUAGCCCAGCAUGUCGGGAAACAGCUGGAUUUCACUUACCGGUUCCGAAAUUUCAGGCUGAUGCCGCUGGACAUGAUGGCGCUGGCUUUUGUUAUCAGCAGUGCCCCUGAUCCUGUGUCCUUGGAUUUUGUGGGGUGCACCAUGGAUCUGGACUACUUGCAUGUCUUUGGCAGCUGUGGAAAUAUAAAGAACCUGAGCUUUAAGAGCAGGAAGUGUGGAAACAAGUUUGCUGCCGCCCUCAGCAAAAACCUGCCGUCAAUGAACUGCCUGACGACAUUUCAGUUAGCAGGAGGAAAUCUCACAAUCCAAGGACUUGAACCUCUCAUCCAAGCUUUUCUAAACUGCUCGCAGCUGGAAGAUGUAAACUUGCAGGACAACAGAAUGAAGGAGCAGGAAAUGAUCAAAGUCGCAGAAAUCUUUUCUACUAUGAAACGGCUAAAAAUGUUGGAGUAAGUAGAACUAAACUUGAAUCGCACUAAGAAAGCAUU